AUGACUUCUGCAUCGGCUUACGCAGGUUGGAUACAUGGAGCGUUUGUGAAAGAAAGGAGGAGGGAGACAAAUGAUAUGGAGAGGGAGAUAAAGAGGAAUAGGAGGAAUGAUGCAUAUAUCAGCAUAGACCGACGCCAGUCGUCCGCUUUCCAUAUCUCCAGCUACUCAGAUCUGCAAAAAGAAUACAAAGAAUCAGGAUAUACCCAUCGUUUGCCGAUUAUCAAUCGCUUUGAUGUGCUUCGUCGGUGGCUUGGGGUGUGUGACAAGCAGCAUUCAUGCAUGCAGGGAAGUCGUCAGAAAGUGCCAAAGCGCGUUAUUUUUGUUGGAACAGAUCAUUCAGAUCACCUGCAACUCCAGGAGUCCGCACACAUAACACAGCCAUUUGACUAUAUAACGCUAUCGCACUGCUGGGGCAAGCCGACCGAUGAGGAGAUGGAGAAAUUCCGUACCACACCUCGGAACUACCAGAAACGACUAGAGGGGUUCAGCUAUCACAGCCUUCCAAAAGUUUUCCAGGACGCUAUUACAGUGACCCGAGAAUUGAACAAGCAGUAUCUUUGGAUUGAUGCUCUCUGCAUCAUUCAAGGUGACCAGAAAGACUGGGAGGAGGAAGGUGCAAGGAUGGACAAAGUAUUUGCCUCUGCAUACUGCACGAUCGCGUCAAGUUCAGCAUCCGGUUGGAAUGAUGGCUUCCUCAAUCGCACUCAGGAUUUCUGUCAACCAGAGGAAGUCAAUUCCGAUCAAAAGAUCGUUGAUGACUUUUGUAAGCUUGUUGAUGAAGGCCAACUCCAUAAACGGGCCUGGGUGUUGCAAGAAAGAGCGCUUUCUCGACGAACUAUUUAUUUCACUGCACAACAAACAUACUGGGAAUGUGGAAGGGGAGUUCGUUGCGAGAAUUUUACCACAUUAAGAUGUCCCCUUACUAGAUCAUAUCUACUUGACCCACGGUUUCCUGAGCGGCUCGUAGUCGCAGGUUAUAGAACGGCAGCCUUAUUUCUCCAAGAGCUUAUCACGGACUACUCUCGUCGUGAUCUUACCUUUCCGGAAAAGGAUAAGGUAGUUGCAUUUUCAGGCAUAGCUGAGCGUAUUAAGGAAGCUCUAGCUACUGAAGUCAGAUACGGAGUCUUCCGUUGCUUUCUUCCUCGGCUCCUCUUGUGGAAGCGGGCUGGAAUAGAGAAUGAUCGAAUUUCUUACGACGAUAAUCGUGUGCCGUCGUGGUCUUGGAUGCUUUAUAAUGGUAAAAUCGACUUUUUGACAAAAUCAGAUCUUAAAGUCCCAGAGAACCAAAGCCUAAGCUUUGACGACUCCGACAGUGGCAUUAAUAUCGAAGUUCGACAACUUGACGGUUGUUAUACGCGCGGAAGGGAUGGAGAGUAUAUGAUAUUUAUGGGUACAGAGAAAGUCGGCGUCCUACAUUUCGAUAUGGAGUUGGCAGCCGAGGUUGAGUCUCGGAACUGUGUCGUCAUCGGAGUGAGGGCAGAUGAUGGUGACGAUGAUCCCAACAAAGAAUAUUAUAUACUUGCCGUGCGAAAAAUAUCAGAAGGGAAAGAGUAUGAGAGGCUGGGGGUUGGGCGAGUGCGAGCACGCUACGUCUCGAGAGCGAGUACUUCUGGGAAGCUUCUGUGA